UCAUCUACCACGUGAUGGUUAUCGAUUAUGUCCCAGCUCAACACGCUUUUCCAAACCUGCGUUUCACUUUUGGAUCACAUGCAAACUUCAAUCCCAUAGACAAAUCUGAUGAACGCAGCUAAGAUUGAAGGGAGGAUAUUGUGGACGAUUGUUGGGACUCAUAAUAAUACAAAUUGAAAUAGGAGUUUCCGGACGGUAGGAAUCAUGCCGAUUUCUGAGGAUCUGUCACAUCAAGAUCGAGUCCAUGCUAUAACAGUAAAAAAAAAAGAGACUGACAGAAAUUGAGAACAAAAUGAGAUUACUGGAGGAUGAUAAAAGAAAGCUGCAGUAUCUCAAGUCAAAGACUCUUAGGGAACGAUGGCUGAUGGACGUGGUGCAACCGGAGCAAGAAGAGGUGAAAAAUAUGCUGCACCUGGAUGAGACAAGGGUCAAGGAGCUAGAGGAAGGCAUCAUUAGACUGAAGCAGGAAUUGGAGGAACUGGAGUUUGGUGGUUCUGCAACCUCCACUCAAGAUAUCAUAUCAGAUGAAACACCAGAAGAGGACAUCAAGACGACAUUUACAAAAGCACCAGCUAGUUCCAUGAAAGCGAUGUACUCUGUGGAAAUCACGGUUGAGAGGGACAAAGUUACAGGUGAAACUAGAGUGUUGUCCACCAACACACUACUGCCCGUUGAUCUCUCCCAAGGGGUGAAGGUAUAUGAGGAUGAGCAAAAAGUGGUGCACAAGAUGAAUGACGAAAACGAAGUCCACCUGCUUAGCUCUUCAGAAGUGGAAGAGCUUAUCCACAAAGCUGACGAGGUCUCCUUGAUUUCUGAACCUGCCAAAGAUACCAUUAUUCCAGUCCCAAAAACAGAGGACCAUGAUUGGUCUCCUGAGCAGCACACAAGACCCAAGACUGUGAUCACUGGAAUAGAGGCUAAGUCUGGAAAUACAAGUCCUCAGCCUGGCACUGAAGUCAGUAUUCCCGCAGCCAGUUCAGACAAUCCUGUAACCAUGGUGUUCAUGGGAUAUCAGAAUGUAGAAGAUGAGGCAGAGACAAAGAAGUUUCUUGGGCUGCAGGGCACUGUUGAGGCUGAGCUAGUGGUCAUCAAUGAUGGCACUGGCAAAACCUUGGCCGUUGCUCCAAAGGGCAAUGCGGGGCAAGAGCAGUCUGCACCAUCUAGCAACUGUACCACACCCACCGACACAGCAGAAGCAACUCUAGCAAAUGGGGAGGAUGGAAAACCACAGGAAGGCACUUGCCAGAGCAACAAGGAAAAGCCAUGCAAGUGCUGCACCAUCAUGUGAGUCUACUUGGUAAAAAAAAGAAAAAGACAACAUAAAAAUACAUCUGCAGCCAAAACUAAA